AUGUCAGGGGGGGGGGGGGGGCCGACGACGGGGCGGCCACACCGGCGCCGACGCACGAGUCGGCGGCCGCGGGGAGAAGCCGGCAGCGACGCUCUCGACACGGGCGGGCGGCCUGGCCCGCAGCCGGCGGCCUACGACCGGUGGUGGGGGCCGCCGGCCGGCCGCCCGCACCCCCGAGCCUCCGAGGCGGGCGGGGGCGGGGGGGACGGAGGCCGUGACCGCAGGGAGGGGGCAGGGGACCCCGCGGGGCACGCCCGGCGGCCCGAGCGACUCAGGCUCACGCCGGUGGGAGGGGCGACGCAGCCGCGGGAGGGCCGGUGUCCGCCCGCGCUGCGCCGCGGCGCGUGGCUCCGGCCCGUGAGGCGGCGGGGCCCCCGGGGCGGGGUGCAUGCCCGAGGGGCCGAGAGGGCCGCGGCGCCCGGGCGAGGGGGCGCGGAGGGCAGGGCCGGGGAGAGGCAGGGAGGGGGGGCAGGGGGAGAACGGGCCCCAGUCCGAGACCGCGGCCCGCCCGAGCGGGCCGGGCGCGCGGGGGGCGGGGGGGGCAAAACGGUAGAUGGCCGCGGGAGCCCCGGGCGGCGGGGGCGGCCCGCGCCGCCCGCCACCCGCGGCCCGCCGGGAGCAGCGGGGCAAGGGGGGACGGACCCCACGCGCGCCCUAGCACCCAGGGUGCAAGGAGGAGCGGGGACAUCCGAGACCAGAAGCCGAGGGUGGGGGGGGAGGGGGGGGGCCGCCUGCCGGAGGGGGGACAGGCAGCGCCCGCCGCAGGCCCAGGGUCCGAGGGCCGCCGGGGGCGGGGCGGGCGCGCGCCCCGAGCGCGGCCGGCGCGCGCGGCGAGCCGGACGGCAGAACAGAAUGGCGGCCGAGCACAGCCAGCCCGCCCGGACGCGGGCGCGCGCGGGGCCCCGCCCGCCCGCGCGCGGUGUCCCGGUCCCCGGGGAGACCAGGGCAGGCGGCCAGGCCGCACCGCGCCGACGGGCGGUGGCGGACGCGGGGGACGGAGCACGCGCGCCCUACUCCCGCAGCCCCAAGCGGCCUACGCGGAGGCGCGGGGCGGGAUGGGGGGGGGCGGGGGCCCGGCGCGUCCCGCCCCCGGCCCGAGCGCGCGACCGAGCGGGGCGAGGGCCUGUUGGCAUAAGCGCGCCGCGCGGGGGGCGGGCGCCGGCCAGCCGGGCGGCGGGGCGGCGGGAGGAAAGGGGGGGACGAGGGCGGGGUGAGGGGAGAGGUGCGCCCCGCGCACGGGCGCGGGGGAGCCGUGACACGGCCCCGGCCCCGGAACCGAAGCUCCGAACCCGGCCGCCCCGGGGCACGGGUGGGGGGGCCGCGAAGACCGGAGGGCGCCACAAGGGGGCCAAGGGGGGGGGCACGGUCACCGCGAUGCUCGCCCGCCGGCGGACAACCGGCGCGGCGGCGAGCGGGCGCGGGAGGGCCCCAGGGCCGGCGGGGCGGGGCCCGACAGUCCGACCCCCGCGCUCAGAGCGGCGGACAGCGGGGGGGGGAAGAGGGGUGCAGCCGCCACCGGGCCCUCGCCCCCCCGCCGCCGCGGCCGCGCGGAGGCGCUUGGCAGCGGACCCGCCCGCACAAGCCUCGAGCCGGCCGGCACCCCCGCCCCGGACGCACCCGAGGCAGCGCCGGUCGACGGGCGCACGAGGGAAGACGCGACGCCGUCGAACGCCGGGCAGGGGCGCCACGUGCCGGCGGAGUGAGGCCGACGCGGCGGUCGGGGGUGAGGCGGACGGGCGGGGACCGGGGCAGAGCAGGGCAGGGGGGACCUGUGGUGGAACGGGCCGCGCCCAACCAAACCCCCACCCCACCCCCCAGGGGGCGCGCAGGGAGUCCCGGCUCGCGACGAGCGCUGGGUCGCACCGUUCGGGAGCGCAGCCGCAGGGUGGCGCGGCCCGGGCAGAGGGGCGGCGGGGAGGAGGGAGCCGGGCGGGGGCGAGCGGAGGGGGGUCCGGGGAGGGGGGCGCGGGACUGCCGGUGGGCGGAGCGCCCGAGCGGAUGGAGGAGACGCCCGCCCCACGGCUCGGGCGGAGCCGGGAGUUGGGGGGGGGCGGGAGCGCCGCGCGACGUCCGCGGCGGGGGGAGGGACUGCUCGGCGCCCAGGGCGCGCUACACCCGGAAGCCCAGGGAUGUGAGCGUGGCGGCCCCCAGGUCGAAUGCGGGGCGCCGGGACCCCGGCAGCGGCCGCCGCGCGACCGCCCAAGGGGGGGCAAGAGGGGACCAGGAAAGGCGCGCCACGGGGCACGCGGAGCGGCAGAGGACGCCGGCCGCGCCAGCGCGCGGCGGAGCCGCGCCGGAGCCGUGGGGCGCCAGGGGGGGGCGGCGCGGCGGCGGCGGGUCGAACGGGCCGCCGGGGCGCAAGGGCCAGCCGGUUCGGCCGGAGGGGGGGCGCGGCGGCCAGGCGGGCGGGGGAGCGGGCGAGGGGGCGGCCGGACCUGCGCGGCGGAUGCAGGGGGGGACCGGGCAGGCCGGCUGGCGGCGCGGGCCCCCCCGCCCCUGGGCAAGCGGGCCUAG